AUGGUCAUGGCAGAAGACAAACGUACCCGUUAUGUCCCUACUGAUAUCACAAUUCAAAUAAUGCCAUCUGAUGAGAAGAUGUACGCCAAACGCUCACAAGCCUACUUGGAUAUGGAAAACUAUUCCGAAGCAGAAAAUAAUGCUUGCUGUGCUUACAAGCUGAAAAUAGAUUUUCCCAAGGCAUAUCAUCUUGCUGCUCAAGCGGCUGUUAAGAUGUGUGAAUAUAAGAAAUGCUUCUUGCAGUACCCUCGUAAACUUGCAGAUGACGUCAAAAAAGAAUCUGGUGUUAAUCAGGAUCCCACCCCAGUCUGCUAUUGGAUGGCUGCUUGUGCUGCUCUUACUUCAAACAACCAGAAGAAUCAAGCAUUUGCCUUCCUUCAGGAAGGGCUUGAACAUUGCCCUGAUAGUGUGCUUUUGAAGUCCUUGAAAUCUGAAUUAGAAUCUAAGGAAGAACGUCCAGUGGAUCAGUCCCAAGGAGGACAGAAGGCAAUUGAGGAAUCGAAGAAAUCCGUGAGUUCUUCAUUCAAUGACCUCUUGUUCCAAGGCGCGACUCAUUCUUACACUACUCGGCGACUUGUUGCAUCUGUUUUGGAGUUUGAUGAUGUCAUCGGAUGCAACGAUGCAAACCUUGCCCUGUCUUUCGUAACAAAUGCUAAGAGAGUGAGUGAAAUUAAGGAACCUAAGAAUAUUAUUAAAAUCAACGAACAGAUCAACGAUCUUCCUGAACUGGUAAGUAGUGGAUCGGACGAAGAGAGUGGUACGGAAGUGGAAGGGGCCCAGGCCCCAGUGAAGCGUUUGACAUCCUGGGACAACCUGAACCAGGUCAGAGGAGCCGCUGCCCCUGCACCGUCGAGUACGAAGGCACACGGGAAGCGGAGCAACAGUGCCCAUAGCGGGGAGACGAAGUCGAAGGGAAGCAGCAAGAGGAUGCCCAGCCAUUCGGAUGCUGGUGCGUCUGGAGAAGGCCAUUUACCGCAGCAUCUAAACGCUACUAAGGUCAAAGAGAAAAAGUUUCGACAUUUGACCGAACUCUAUCAAGUCGUGCCGACGCCCGUCGACGAAGCCAAGGUCAAAGCUAAGGAAUUUCAAGAACUUUGUGUGGAGGGGACUGAUGCUCUUUUAGAGGAGAUGGCUCUCCUUGCUAUGGAAAAAUUUAAGCAGGCCCUGGAGUUGGUUGAACCAGAGCCUCAUCCUGCAUCUUUAGAAAUGGCAGAGGAGGAUGUGGUGGUUCUUAAGUAUGCAUAUGCCAUAUCAUCAAUACAGUCAGGUGUGCACGACUACAUCAGGAAGGCUUUAGCUGUUUUAGAGGAUAUUAAAGCCAGUCAUGCCAAUAUUAGAUUCCCCCUUGUUUAUCAUGGCCUUGCUCGGGCUCACAUGCGUCUAAAUAAGUGAGUCACAUCUUUUCCAUGCUUCUUG